AUGUCGAUGGUCGCGGGCGGUGGAGCACAAUCUUUCACCAACGAUUCGGACCUCAAUGCAACCACGGCCGCAAUCAACGGGAUGAUGUCCUUCUAUAACACCACCGACGGACGCUGGAAUACCGAAGCACCCUGGUGGCAGAGCGGCAUCGCUGUACAAACCCUUGUGGACUUCAUGCAGCUGACGGGGUCCGAGGAAUACCUCCCCCAAAUCUAUCACACGAUCAAUAUUCAGAGCGCGCCACUACCCUGGUGGCCCGAAGGCGGAGGUAACUUCCGCGCAGACAGCACCGACGACACAGGCUGGUGGGCCCUGGCCAUGACUUCCAUGUUCGAGCUCACAGGAAACGUGACCUAUCUCAAGAUCGCCACCGAAGACGAGGCUUACAUGUACAGUUACUGGAGCAGCACCCCCUGCAGCGGGGGCAUCGUCUGGGAUAUACCGUCGAGAACCUACUACAACGCCAUUAGUAAUGAGUUGUACCUAGAGCUAACGGCGACUCUGCACAACCUCCUCCAAGGUGACACCCUCUACCUGAACCGCAGCCUACAGGAAUGGGAAUGGUUCAAGAACAGCGGCAUGAUCAACAGCGCCUCGCUCGUAAACGACGGGCUCAUGGACGGCGGUAACAACAACACCUGCGUCAACAACGAUGGCACGACGUGGACCUACAACCAGGGCGUCAUCCUUGGCGGUCUCGUCCAGCUCUACAAGGCUACGGGCGACUUCACGUACCUUGACACGGCCAAGGCCAUCGCCGACGCCGUGAUCGCGAGCGCAGAGCUUGCCCCGGGCGGGAUUUUGACGGAGCCGUGUGGAUCCGUUGAAGAGUGCGAGAUUAAUGGUUUCGCAUUCAAGGGGAUCUUCAUGCAGCGCCUUCAGAAGCUCGAUGCCGUGUUGCCGGACCGGCCAUACAGCGGCUUCAUACUACAAAAUGCGAGGUCCGCGUAUGGGAUGGACCGGGCGGCGACCAGCGGGUUGGCAUUUUAUGGCAGGUUGUGGCAGGGGCCGUACGAUGAGGCUUCGAUUGCGAGGCAGGAGAGUGUUGUUCAGCUUUUUGUUGCGGCGCUCAAGUCAGGAGUGGGCUUGGAGGAUUUGUUUCCUCAUUAG